UACUAAUACCGGUAGCCGCCAAAAGAGCUGGGUAUGACUUCUGAUGAGUCAAGUCAAUUCCACCUCUUACUCACAAUUUGCAAACUCAGCAACUCGAGAAGCCACAGCCACAGCCACUCAAGAAAAGCACCAACCUUGCUAACAAUCUCAAAUACCUAAAACUCAUAUCUCACCAUGACAGCCGGACAAUCUCAACAAGAAACCCCCACCCCACCCGCCCAGUUUGUGUGCCCCUUGACGAAAGAGAUCAUGACACAGCCAGUGAUGACCAAGUAUGGGCACUGCUUCGAAAAGAAGGCAUUGGUCAAAUGGCUCAACCGCAACAACACCUGCCCUUUGACCCAUCAGGAGCUCUCUCUUCCAGAUGUGAUCUCCUACCGAUCAUUGGAACAGCAGAUUAUUGGAUGGAAGAAGCUGCACGGAGUCGCCGAUGCUGCCGCUGAUGUCGGUCGCCAAGAACCCGUUUUGAUUGCUGGAAACCACAAGAUGCUCGCGCAACGACGAGAUGACAGAAUGGUGGAGCAGGUGUUGGACCUCAUGCAGCAACAGAAUGGAAGCCCCAAAUCAGGAAAGAAAAACAAGGACAAGUCCAUGUCUCUCACCAAGAUGGUACGAAAGACUCUCCUCGGAAAGAAGGAGCAGUCUGCAUCCGCAGCAUAAAAAGAUCGGAUCCAUUUGAUGCAAUGUACAUAGUGCACCAAGGCAACAACAGUUGUACAUAAAUUGCCUUGUAAUAUAUAAACGAAACUAUUACGCUACC